GGUGCGCCCGUUUCUUCUUUGAAAGGCAAGAAAUUGGACUAUCUUUGUAAUGGUGUGGCUUCUUGGUACGCCACUAUUGUUACUUCAUUUGUUCUACACUAUUAUGGAUGGUUCCGUCUCACAGAAAUCAUUGAUAACUUUGGUCCGUUGAUGUCUGCUGCAGUAAUUACUGGCUUCGUUGUCACAUUGGUCAUAUAUGUUACUACUAUUAUGCAAGGAAAAGAGUAUCGUAUGUCAGGAUAUUUAAUGUAUGAUCUUUUCAUGGGUGCUGCAUUGAAUCCGCGUCUUGGACGGGUAGACCUCAAAAUGUUUGCAGAAAUUCGCAUACCUUGGGUAAUUAUUUUAAUUAUACAAUUAGUGGGAAUUUAUCAGUUCAUGUAG